ACGAAAUCGGAACGCGUCGAAUACCCCUCCGUCCCGUACUCCCGCCACCUCAAUGAACCGAGCAGCUCUCCGACUCGCAGCACAGUCAUAGUUCAAAUUAUCCUUCGCGAUGUCGACCAUAGCUACAGCACCAAAGCCUAUCGCACCCGCAGUACUCACCAUGUCUGCCAAUACUUCCCCAGUCGCCUUCCCGGACCCGUUCACGAGCGGCAUCGUCAGAGAAGGAUGGGUAUUAAAGAAGAGGCGGAAGCGAAUGCAAGGCUUUGCGAGGCGAUAUUUCGUCUUACACCAGUCUGGCCUGCUAUCUUACUCUUUCGAGCCCGGCAAACCCUCGCGAGACCAGAUUGCUCUCCCGCAAGCCGCAAUUUCGACCGCACGAGGGCAGAAGGAUAUACACAUCGAUUCUAACAAUGCGACGUUUCAUAUCAAGUGUCUUAACAUGGAGGACUUCGAUGGCUGGAUGGCCUCGUUUCGACAAUUCGUGGCUCCUCCGCCGGAUGCAAGAUCAUUGGGGAGAAGGUCUUCCGUUGGUCGAAACACUCCUCGACUCAACCAGGCAGGCAAGGCAGGAGCAGUCAUAGAGGAAAUGGGUUUGGCUCUUCUCGAGCUCGAUGAAGCCGUCCGUGUAUGGCAACAGAAUGAUCUCAAGAAACGUACAAGCAUACAUAAGAUGCGGAACGAUGUCAAGCCGAAAGAUACAUCUAAAGAGGGCUCAAAGUUCAGUUUCUUCAAGAAACCGCAACAUCCACCUCCAACUACAACCGCUACUACAAGCCCACCAGCAGCGGACAGCGACGCCGCAUCCUACAUCUCCCAUUCCUCGCUAUCGUCAGCACCACCACCAUCAGAACGCGCCCAAGCCAUCCUCGCAACUCUCAGAGCGCAACAUAACACCCUCGCGCGUCUCCUUCCCAUGCUCGGCGAAAGUGGUGUCGGAGGUGGCAUCACCCCCGUCUCCGCGCUCGGCUAUCCACUCCCCACCACCGCUGAAGAAGAUGACCAGGACCACCAAGACGGCUCAUAUGAACAAGGGAGACCCGAUUCGGCUCAUACGACUCCUGUAACGAGACCGCACAGCUCAGCGUACGUACAUCGUAAACGCGAUUCUAUCGCCGGGUCGGCUACGGGUAGUGAAUCGGGGAGCGUAUGGUUUGACGCGCCUGAUCUCGAAGGAGAAGGCGCUCAGGAAUUCAUGUUGGAUGUCACGCCGCCCGAGGAUGAUGCAGGACGGGCGGAUGGAGAAGGAGAAGGACACGGGACGAAGGGUAGUAAUGCGACAAUCAUAAUAGACGAUGGUAAAAGUAGUAUAUACCCGGGUGAUUCGGACGCGAGUGAUACGGACUCGGAAAAGCUGGAAGUGGAGGAUGUUCCAGGGGGAGAGGUAGUGGGAGAGACGCAGACGCCUGUGCGUAAGGGGGAUGUUGGAGGAGGUGUGGGUAGCAAGAAGGAGAAGGAAACUUUGAAGCCGGUUGUGUACAGGACGCAAUUGCCUACGGGGCCGGUGGGAGAUGAGGGGAGCUUGUUUGCGGUAUUGAAGAAGAAUGUUGGCAAAGAUCUCUCGAGCGUCGCAUUCCCUGUUACCUUCAACGAACCUUUGACGCUGCUGCAACGUGCAGCGGAAGAGGUCGAGUACUUCAACCUACUGACCGAGGCCGCUCGUUCGCAAGAUCUAGUCGAGCGGCUUUGUUACGUUGCUGCUUUUGCGGUGUCGAGCUACGCGCAUACGAGACAUCGAUCAAGUAGGAAGGGAUUUAACCCAAUGCUUGCUGAGACGUUCGAGGAUCCCCGUAUGAAGUUUAUCUCGGAGAAGGUGUGCCACCAGCCUGUCAUCCUCGCGUAUCACUGUGAGGGAGAGGGUUGGGAGCAUUACGCUUCGUCCUCCGGGAAGACAAAGUUCUGGGGCAAGAGUUUAGAGAUCAUACCCACUGGAACCAGUCAUGUCAAAAUUGGCGAGGAUCAUUACGAGUGGAAUAAACCAUCCUCUUUCAUGCGCAACCUCAUGAUGGGCACCAAAUACCUCGAACACACCGGCAAAAUGACCAUCGAAAACACAACCGAUAAAUCCCGCUGCGUCAUCGACUUCAAAGAAGCCGGCUACUGGGGUGCCUCCAAUCUCGUCUCUGGCUCCGUCUACACCUCUUCCUCCUCGCACAAGCCCGUAGCGACCCUCGAAGGCAAAUGGGAUGAGUCGCUCUCUCGGAAGAUCAAUGAUUCGCACCUCCAUGUCUUGUGGAAGAUGAAUCCGUUCCCGAAUAAUGCUCUCGAGUAUUAUGGCUUCACACCGACGGAUUCGAGGUUGAGGCCGGAUGUGAGAGCGUUGGAGGAGGGUGAGUUGGAUUUGGCGGAGGAGGAGAAGGUUAGGGUUGAGGAGCUGCAGAGGAAGAGGAGGAGGGAGGGGAAGGAUAGGCAACCGAGGUGGUUCGUGAGGGAAGGAGAGGAGUGGUUCUAUAAGGGCGGAUAUUGGGAGGAGAGGGAGAAGGGAUGGAGGGACGUAGAGCCGCUUUGGUGAGGGGGUGGGGAUCACCCCGUGUCUCUGUUAUCUGCUACGAUUGGGAAGGUAAUUUAGACUGAUGCAUUGAGAAUAUUUUGAUUUAAUGUAUCUUAUUGCGUGGAUGUCCCAUGCUAUAAUGCGACUGGGGACUGUCAU